AUGGAGUCGAAAGGAGAAAACGGCGAGUUCUCGCCCAAGGUGGAGAAGUUUGAGCACACAACCGGCCACCGCUCUUCUGUAGCGGGAGCGGAGAAUCUGGCUUCAGAGUUUGAAAAUCCGCUUGCUACUCGCACCGAGGAGGAGGUUCUUUCUGAUGUCGAGGAGUUCUGCCGCAAGCAUAACCUCAUGGAUUUCAUCGAAGACUUCCGCCAGGGAGCACUGGUUGCCCGAGAUCCCCAGAAUUCCCUUAAAAUGAAUGGUCUUAGCGAAGAGAACAAACGCGUUUUGGAGCGGGAAGAAACUCACCGCUGGUCCCAACCCUUUACACUCUAUUGGCUCUGUGUCAUGUGCUCUGCUGCGGCCGCCGUCCAGGGCAUGGACGAGACUGUCAACAAUGGCGCUCAGGCUCUAUACUUGGAACAUUUAGACGUCGCCGGCCCCAAUGUGACAAGGUUUGACAAAUCAAUGCAAGAUAACCUGACCGGCCUCAUUGUCGGAGCUCCUUACCUAUGUUGCGCAAUUAUUGGUUGCUGGAUGACCGAACCAAUGAACCGCUGGCUGGGGCGGCGAGGCACCAUUUUUUGGUCGUGUUUCAUCGCUGCUGUUACCUCCGUUUGGGAAGGUGUCGCCAAUACGUGGGUCAAUCUCUUCCUUGCGAGAUUCUUCCUCGGGUUUGGCAUAGGUCCCAAAUCGGCUACUGUCCCUGUCUAUGCCGCCGAGUGUGCUCCGGCGCCUAUCCGAGGUGCCCUAGUCAUGCAAUGGCAGAUGUGGACGGCCUUUGGUAUCAUGCUCGGCAACAUCAUGGGUGUAGCCUUUGGCCCAUCAACUGGCAUUGACCCUGAUCUCGGAUGGCGAUUGAUGCUUGGGAGCACUGUAGUUCUUCCUUUAAUUGUGUGUGUUCAGGUCUAUUUCUGUCCCGAGUCCCCGAGAUGGUACAUCCAGCACAACAAGCCUGAAAAGGCGUUUCGAUCCUUCCAAAGACUUCGGUUCACCAACCUGCAAGCUGCCCGAGACACCUAUUAUACAUAUGUCGGUGUUGAACUAGAGCGUGAGGCGAACAGAGGAAAGAACCUCUUCACACAGUUCAUCGAACUCUUCACUAUUCCUCGCAACCGGCGAGCUACUCUUGCUACUUGGAUAGUCAUGUUCGGCCAGCAGUUCUGUGGUGUCAAUAUCAUCGCAUACUACUCUACCACAAUCUUUGUCGAAUCUGGUUAUUCUACCAACUCUGCCCUUCUUGCAUCAAUGGGAACUGGUAUAUUGAACUGGGUCUUCGCGAUUCCUGCUUUAUUCACGAUUGAUCGCUGGGGACGUCGCAAUCUUCUCCUAUUCACGUUCCCAUGGCUUGCCCUCUUUCUGCUAUGGACGGGCAUGUCCUUCUUCAUCCCCGACGACACUGACGCGGGCACCAAGAAGCGUGUAGCCAUGGUCACCACCGGAAUGUAUCUUUUUGAGAUAUUCUACUCGCCGGGCGAAGGUCCCGUGCCCUUCACGUAUUCAGCCGAGGCAUUUCCUGUACAUGUGCGUGACGUCGGCAUGUCCUUUGCCACGGCGACGACCUGGUGCUUCAACUUUAUCAUAUCCUUCUCGUGGCCGCACAUGGUGUCUAUAUUCCAGCCGCAGGGUGGUUUUGGAUGGUAUGCAGGCUGGUGUAUAGUUCUCUGGUUCCUCAUCCUACUAUUUGUCCCAGAGACCAAGGCCCUCACGUUGGAGGAGCUGGACCAGGUGUUCAGUAGAGGCACACGCGAACAUGCGAGCUAUCAGAUCAAGAACGCAAUCUGGCAUUUUAGAACGACUGUUUUGCGCCAGAGGCUUGAACCUCUGCCUCCGUUCUACGAAAAUUCCCCCAAACUUAAUAAGGCGUAG